GAAGAAAAAAUUAUAAUAAUAAUAAUGCGAAUAAUAGUAUAUAGAAGAGCCCAUCGAGAUCUGCGUGCAACGCUGCGUUUGCUUGACGGAGAAGCUUGAAGGAAAAUUCUCAGUUCAAUCGAACGUUAGAAUUAGAAAAACCUUCCACUUCAGAUCAUUUUGCCUCUGAUGGGUGUUACCGUUCUGCUCUCGCAUUCGUGAGCAAUUUCAAGGGAAAGAAGAGGUAUUGCUGAGAUUUUACACUGCAAUCACCAGCAAGACGUUUCACCAACAUACUCUAUGAAGAUACUCUCAUUUCUUCUGGCAUUAACAUUUCUAUUACCCCUGUUUUUCCUUUCCCAAACUAAUGCUGACCUAUAUUCCGACAAACAAGCCCUUCUUAACUUUGCUGCUGCGGUUCCUCAUAGCAGGAAACUGAAUUGGAAAUCUACUACCCCAGUAUGCACUUCUUGGAUUGGCAUCACCUGCAAUGCAAAUGGCUCUCAUGUACUUGCUGUCCGUCUCCCUGGUGUAGGACUCUAUGGUCCCAUUCCAGCCAACACGCUUGGAAAGUUGGAUCGCCUUACGACCCUAAGUCUUCGCUCCAACUUCUUUAGUGGAGAACUUCCAUCAGAUUUGCUAUCCCUUCCUUCCCUUCAAUCUGUAUACCUCCAACAUAACAACUUUUCGGGUACUAUUCCUUCGUCUCUCUCUCCCCAGCUUAACUCACUUGACCUUUCCUUCAAUUCAUUCACAGGCAAUAUUCCUCUCACUAUACAAAACUUAAAAACCCUUACUAGUUUGUACCUCCAAAACAACUCCCUUACGGGACCAAUACCUGAAAUCAAUAUCUCAGGCCUCAAACAGUUAAACUUGAGCUACAACCACUUGAAUGGUUCAGUUCCCUCUGUCCUGCAAAAGUUUCCUACCUCGUCCUUCGAGGGGAAUAAUAUGCUAUGUGGACCACCACUAAACCAGUGUUUGGCAUUUGUACCCUCCCCUUCUCCUUCUCCUUCUCCUUCCCCGUCUCCUUCCCCCACCUUCUUACUGUCCCCUCCAACCAACUCAAAAAAACCAACGAAUGGUUCCAAGAAGAAACUAAAUACCGGGUCUAUUGUUGCCAUUGCAAUUGGAGGAUCUAUGGUGCCACUGUUUUUAUUUCUGAUGAUAGUGAUAUGGUGUUUGAAGAAAAAAGAUGAAGAUAACGUUGCUCAAAAAGGAAAAAUUGUGAGGAGUGAGAAACCUAAGGAAGAUUUUGGGAGUGGAGUGCAAGAUGCCGAGAAGAACAAGUUAGUAUUUUUUGAAGGCAGUUCUUACAAUUUUGAUCUCGAGGAUUUAUUAAGAGCUUCAGCUGAAGUAUUAGGGAAAGGAAGUUAUGGGACAACCUAUAAGGCCAUCUUGGAGGAGGGAACAACAGUAGUUGUGAAGAGGUUAAAAGAAGUGGUGGCAGGGAAAAGGGAGUUUGAGCAGCAAAUGGAAGCUGUGGGAAGAGUUGGUCAGCACCCAAAUGUCAUUCCUCUUCGUGCUUAUUACUACUCCAAGGAUGAGAAACUUCUGGUUUAUGACUAUGUAACAGCUGGAAGCCUUUUCUCCUUAUUGCAUGGAAGCAAUAAUUUUGGACGAACUCCUCUAGACUGGGAUUCCAGAGUAAAGAUUUCCCUUGGAACUGCAAGAGGCAUUGCCCACAUCCAUUCUGCUGGUGGGGGCAAAUUCAUUCAUGGCAACAUUAGGUCCUCCAAUGUACUCCUCACUCAGGAUCUCCAAUUACAUGGCUGCAUUUCAGAUUUUGGCUUAACUCCUAUAAUGAGUUACCCUUCGGUCCCAUGUAGAUGUGCAGGCUACCGAGCUCCUGAGGUGAUUGAAACUCGAAAAUCUACUCAAAAAUCCGAUGUCUACAGUUUUGGGGUUCUCCUCCUUGAGAUGCUAACGGGCAAAGCUCCAGUCAAAUCAGCAGGGCAAGAUGAUUUAGUUGAUCUUCCAAGGUGGGUUCAGUCUGUUGUUCGAGAGGAAUGGACGGCUGAGGUGUUUGAUGUGGAGCUUAUGAGAUACCAUAAUAUUGAGGAAGAGAUGGUGCAGAUGCUACAAAUAGCUAUGGCCUGCGUAGCAAGAGUGCCAGACAUGAGACCAACCAUGGAUGAAGUGAUUAGGAUGAUUGAAGAAAUAAGGCCAACUGAUUCUGUGAGCCAACCAUCAGAAGAGAAGAAGGGAUCAGAUACACAUAUUCCAUCAUCAAUUUAUCCAUGAUUUCGAUAUAUAUAAUUUCUGCUUGGAGUUCUGUUUGAUGCCAGUUCAAGGACACAUAAACUGCUUCUGGUGAGGCCAUUAGCUAGCAACUGUCCACACAGAAACUCCACAUGUAAGUAUCUCAGGGCUAAAUGUUUGUCCAGUCCAACGAUGUUAUUUUAGCUUGCAAGUGUCUUCUGACUAGAAUUUAUUUUUUUUCUUCCCAGCAAUUAUUGAAACUAAGUUCAACAAAAUGUUAUCAUCAGUUAAAUAUGUUUUUAAGAUCA